CAGAGUUGCCUUCCAUUUACAGGGCGCCUUUUCGCAGACGUUGGCAGAUGGGGGGGUCCUGCAAGGAAGGCCCGACAGAGGUUUACGACCCCACUACGAUACUAAAUUUGUCCUUCAAGACCCAAGAGCCUUCGGUUCGAUGGCAUCGUCGCAACAACAUUCCACUGUGCCGCCCACCAUAUUACUCCAGUUCCGGCGCAGGUCAAGGCCCAUAACAUAUAGCUGCAUUAUCUCGGGCAGAUCUAGCGACUUCAGCCGAUCGUGAAGCAGCUCUCUGCUCUCGCGGUUUAAGCUGCUUAUAAUCUCUCCGGUUCUCCAAAAAGGCGCCCCAAGAUUCCUCCACCAUGCCUCGCGAUCCGCUUAUCGGCCUCGUGGGCAAGCCCUCGGCAGGGAAGAGCUCUACGCUCAACAGCCUGACCGACGCCUCCUCCAAAGUUGGCAACUUUCCGUUCACCACCAUUGACCCCCAGCGAGCGAUUGGCUAUCUCCAAAUCGAAUGCGCCUGCGCCCGACAUAACCUCCAAGACCGAUGCAAGCCCAACUAUGGCUCAUGCGACCAAGGCCGACGAUCCGUUCCCAUCGAGCUCCUCGACGUCGCCGGUUUGGUCCCUGGAGCGCAUCAGGGCCGUGGCCUGGGGAACAAGUUCUUGGAUGACUUGCGCCAUGCCGAUGCGCUGAUACACGUUGUCGAUGCCUCGGGAACCGUCGAUGCUGAGGGCAAGGAGACGAGAGGGUACGAUCCGUCUGUGGAUAUCGCAUGGCUACGGAGCGAGAUCGUCGCGUGGAUUCUUGGCAACCUUAUGCAGCGAUGGGGCUCGAUUCGCCGAAGACACCAAGCCAUCAAGGCCACUGCAGUAGAAACACUGCAGGGGCAGUUUUCCGGAUACGGUGCUACGACUACCGUCAUUAACCGCGCACUGGAUCGGAGUGGUGUAAAGGAGCCGUUGGAAGAAUGGAGCGACGAGACCGUCAAGAACGUUGUCCACGCCUUUGUCGACGAGAAGUUCCCGACCGUCAUCGCGCUGAAUAAGAUUGACCACCCGGAUGCUGACAAGAACAUCUCCAAGAUCGCUAAGCAGCAGGACCCCAGUACCAUCGUGCUAUGCUCCGCCAUUUCGGAGAUUUUCCUUCGCAAAAUGGCAAAGCAAGGUUAUAUCAAGUAUGUCGAGGGCAGCGAAUUCGUCGAUACCAAGGAGGACCUGAUAGAGCAGGGCGAUCCAACUGGCGGCGGUCUGAAGGAUCUCGACGAGAAGAACCGAAAUCGGAUAGAGAACCUCAAGGAUAUGGUGCUCUACAGAUUUGGCUCUACGGGUGUCGUCCAAGUCCUCUCAAAGGCAGCCGAGAUUCUCGGUCUCGUGCCGGUUUUCCCAGUCCGAAACGCCACCACAUUCAGCUCCGGCGCCGCAGAAUCCAAAGUUGUGUUCCGAGACUGCGUCCUUGUGAAGAAGGGCUCGACCGUUGGUGACGUUGCCAGGAAGAUCAUGGGUGAUGCGCCGAUUGCGUUUGUGGAGGGCGUUGGAAACGUCCGCGUGGCCGAGGAUGACUUUGUGGCUGUAGGGAAGAACGACAUUUUAUCAUUCAAAGUCGGCAGAGGCUGAGCCUUCCAUUUGUAUGUCAAAUACAUCAUUUGGCGCUCUCGUGCCCGUCAUCUAUGGAUAGAUUGACCCCUCAAUAUACUGAAGAGUAUUGCAGAUUUACCAGGCUGGUUCAAACUGCUAGCAAUGGCUUUGGUGUCAAUCUCCAGAAGGACAUAGAAUCACACUGGCUUGGUUUAGAUAAAACGGCACUCAACGGCCUACUUAACGAUCUCAUUUUACCUGCAACUGUUAGGUCACUAGUAUUCUAGGCUUUUAUCUCUACUUACAUAGCGUAAAGAUCCCUCGAUGAGGUAACCUAACAUAUGCAUCUACUGCGUUUUCGUUGUGAAUGUCGCAGUUGCCAUAGC